UGUUUUAAUGGUUUGAAUAUGUCCUGUCUGAGGACUGUCAGACAUGUGUUUACUGAUAUAGCUAUGUAUACUGUCAUAUAUGGCGCUAUCAUUCUUACAAUUGUGGGAAACUCUAUGGUGAUCAUUUCAGUUUCUCAUUUCAGACAGCUUCACACGCCAACCAAUUUUCUCAUUUUAUCAUUGGCCACUGCAGACUUUCUUCUUGGACUCACAGUAAUGCCAUACAGUAUGGUGAGGUCCAUUACCGCAUGCUGGUAUUUUGGAGACCUCUUCUGUAAGGUGCAUAGCUGCAUUGAUAUGACAUUGUGCACCACCUCCAUAUUUCAUCUAUUCUUCAUUGCUGUUGACCGUUACUAUGCAAUAUGUCAGCCUCUUCACUACAGCAGGAAGAUAACGAUUCCUGUCAUAGAGGUUUAUGUAUUUAUCAGCUGGUCUGUUCCGUGCCUAUAUUCAUUUGGCCUUGUUUUAUCAAAUGUGAAUAUCGAAGGUUUAGAGGAGGAGACACUUGUACUAUGUAUGGGGUCUUGUUCUCUUGUGUUUAACAAAAUGUGGAGCAUAUUAACUUCAUUGCUAUGUUUCUUUAUUCCGGGGACCCUCAUGAUAGGACUUUACAUACGCAUUUUCUCUGUUGCAAGGAAACAAGCCAAGUUGAUUAAUAGUAUUCCCAAUUCUACAAAUCAGAAGAAAAGCAGUAAGAAUAAAUCUCUUGUAAAUGCUGAAAACAAAGCAGCUAAAACACUGAGUUUAGUCAUGGGGGUCUUCAUUCUUUGUUGGUUGCCUUUUUUCAUUCUUACUGUAACUGAUCCAUAUUUAAAUUUUUCAAUAUCUGAUGAUAUAUACAAUAUAGUUCUAUGGCUUGGCUAUUUCAAUUCUGCAUUAAAUCCUAUUAUUUAUGGCUUAUUUUACCCUUGGUUUAAAAAAUCUUUUCUUUUAAUACUUACUGGUAAAAUAUUACAGUUGGGUUCUGCUUCUUACAAUAGAGUGCUUAUAAAUGUGCAUUAG